GAUAGCUGCACUGUGAAACAACACAGGAAGUACACGACGCAUCAGGUCAGUCUAUGUUGACAGAAAACAACGAUGGCACUGUGUUUGAGACUACAGAGUUUAGCUUUGCCGUAGCUGUCACACUAUGCUAUCACUUUGGAGCAACUCGCUGCUGUCAGAAGCAAACAUUGCGGCUCUUCUCGUCUUAGUGAUUGUGUAUUAUUUACUUCAGUUCCACCUCAAACGACGCCACCUAGUUAACCUCCCUCCCGGUCCGAAGCCUUUGCCAAUAGUCGGCAACUCUGGGGCCUUUCUCAUCCCGUCUUUUAUUCGAAGGAGGUUCGGGAAGUCGUCGAACCGCCCUGACACGACACCCGUGAUCGGGUUAACGGAACAAGCCGCCGUGUACGGUAACGUCUUCAGCCUGUUUGUGGGCAGCCAGCUGAUUGUAGUGCUGAACGGCUGUGAUGUCAUCAGGGAUGCCCUGCUCAACCACCCGGAAGUGUUCUCAGACAGGCCGGAUAUCCCUGCGGUGACCAUCAUGACCAAACGCAAAGGAAUAGUCUUUGCGCCAUAUGGACCGGUAUGGAGAAAACAUCGCAAGUUCUGCCAUGCGUCACUGCGGACCUUUGGCCUAGGGAAGCUGAGUUUGGAGCCAUGCAUCCUUCAAGGCCUGGCCAUCGUCAAAAGUGAGCUUCUGCGACUACAAGAGGAGAAGCCGGCUGUGGACUUGACUCCGCUCAUAAGCAACGCAGUCUCCAACGUCAUCUGCUCCCUUGCCUUGGGACAGCGUUUCCACCACGACGAUCGCCAGUUCGGCGCCCUGCUGGGCCUGAUGAUGCGGGGCCUGGAGCUUUGCGUCAACAGCUCCGCCAUCCUCAUCAAUGUCUUCCCACUGCUCUACCACUUGCCUUUCGGCGUCUUCAAGGAGCUCCGCCAGGUGGAGGGUGACAUCACGGUGUUCCUGAAGAGGAUUAUCGCCAAGCACCGGGAAACGCUUGACCCGGAGAAUCCUAGGGAUCUUGUGGACAUGUACUUGGUGAAGAUGUUGGCUCAGAGGGAUGCUGGAGUGGAGGACAGCAGCUUUAGUGAAGACUACCUCUUCUACAUCAUUGGAGAUCUUUUUAUUGCAGGCACUGACACAACCACCAACUCUGUCCUGUGGGUCCUCCUCUACAUGGUCGUACAUACAGACGUCCAAAAGAAGGUCCAAGCAGAGCUGGACAAGGUCGUGGGAAGACAUCGUGUCCCGUCUUUGACAGACAGGGGACGUUUGCCCUUCACAGAGGCCACUAUCAUGGAGGUCCAGAGGCUGACCUCAGUGGUUCCUCUGGGCAUUCCACACAUGGCGUCCAGGACCACAGACUUCCGAGGUUUCACCAUUCCACAAGGAACAGUUAUUUUGCCCAAUCUGUGGUCCGCUCAUCGAGACCCCACUGUGUGGGACGACCCAGACAGCUUCAAGCCGGAGCGUUUCCUGGAUGACCACGGGAAGUUGGUUAGGAAAGACUGCUUCAUGCCGUUUGGGAUCGACAGGUCGCAGGGUGUGCAUGGGGGAGCAGCUGGCCAAGAUGGAGCUCUUCCUCAUGGUCACCAGCUUACUGCAAGCCUUCACAUUCAGACUCCCAGAGGGAGUGCCGCCUCCUCCCAUGCACGGACGCUUCGGCCUGACGCUGGCGCCGUGCCCCUUUUCUGUGUCUGUGGGCCCUCGUGGGUGAUGUCAACUAGAGAUGACGCUGGGAUACCUAGACAGUUGUAAUAGUGUGCAGAACAUUUAAUUAGCUACACCUGAGGCCUCUCUUGUGUAACUAAAUAAGGUAACAUCAGUAUGAUGCAGUACAGUUGUACACCACUGCAAAGUAUAUCCACAGUAAUAGUAAACACGGGGCCGCACGGUGGUCUAGUGGUUAGCAUGUUGGCCAACACAGAAACAGCCUGGAGAUCGGGAAGAUCGGUUUUCUCCGGGUACUCCGGUCUCCUCCCACAUCCAAAAACAUGCAUGUUAGGUUAAUUGGCAACUCUAAAUUGUCCAUAGGUAUGAAUGUGAGUGUGAAUGUUUGUUUGUCUAUAUGUGCCCUGCCAUUGGCUGGCGACCAGUCCAGGGUGUACCCCGCCUGACGCCCGAAGUCUACUGGGAUAGGCUCAAGCAUGCCCCCGUGACCCUAAAGAGGAGAAGCGGUAUAGAAAAUGGAUGGAUGGAUAGUAAACACGUUACAUUGAUACCUCAGAGCAGAAUUAUUGGUUGAAUCUCAAUAGACAGGUGUACUUAAUGAAGUGGCCCCUGAGUUUAAGUGGCAUCAGAAUGCUUAUACAUGACUUAGACUGUAUAUUUAAUUAUCGCUUAAUUUAUCUACUUUUAUCAGUCAAGUCAAAGUCAUGUUCUUUAAAUAAAUAAUAUUUUUGAGAAUGUUUUUAUUUUGCAUUAUUUUUUUUAAUAAUGAAAGAAACAUACAAAAAUAGAUUUACAGACCCUUUCCAAAAAAUUAGGAUGUCAUGGAAAAGUUGUUUAAUUUCCAUAAUUCCAUUCAAAAAGUUAAACCUUCAUAGAUUAUAUAUUAAGGGCCCACAGUUUAAACGAUUUCAAGUAUUUAUUUGUUUAUUUUUACAUAAUUUGGGCUUCCAGCUCAUUAAACCCACGAAAACAGGAAUUCUAAAUAUUAGAAUACUGUGAAGAAAUCAGCCCAAAUUUUGCAGGGUAUGAAUGUUUUAAACUGAGUGUCACACACUAAUCAUCUACUAAACUCAAAUCACCUGCACAGGCUUCCCCAGGUGUCAUUAAAUUGCUUCAGUUUGGUUCAAUUGUCUCAGUUCGGUUCAAUAUGGGGAAGACUGCAGACAUGACAACUGGCCAGAAGACCAUCAUUGAUACCCUCCAUAGGAUGGGUAAGCCACAAAAGUUCAUAGCUAAGGAGGCUGGUUGUUCACAGAGUGCUGUGUCCAAGCAUAUCAAUGGAAAGUCUAGAGGAAGGGCAAAAUGUGGCAGGAGAAGAUGCACCAGCAAAAGAGAUGACCGUGGGCUUCAGCGGAUUAUCAAACAGGGAAGAUUCAGAAUCUGGCAGAGAUCCAGAAAGAGUGGAAUGAGGCGAGAGUCACAGCUUCAAAAACUACCACAUUCAGACGCAUCCGGGAGAUGGGCUACAACUGUCGGGUUCCUCGGGUCAAGCCACUUGUGAACCUGCGCCAGCGUAGGAAGCGUCUCCACUGGGCCAAGGAGAAGAAGGACUGGACUGUUGGCCAGUGGUCCAAGGUCCUCUUUUCCGAUGAAAGUAAAGUGCGCCUUUCAUUUGGGAAUCAAGGUCCAAGAGUUUGGAGGAAGACUGGUGAGGAACAGAACCCAAGCUGCCUGAGGUCCAGUGUGAAAUAUCCACAGUCCGUCAUGAUUUGGGUGCAAUGUCCGGUGCAGGUGUUGGUAAACUCUGCUUUCUUAAAUCCAAGGUCACCGCAACAGUCUACCAGCAUGUUUUAGGGGACUUCAUGAUUCCUUCUGCUGAGGAUCUGUAUGGAGAUGCAGAUUUCAUCUUCCAGCAGGACCUGGCCCCUGCCCAUACCGCCAGAAGCACCAAAACCUGGUUUGAUGCCCAUGCCAUCACAGUGCUUGACUGGCCAGCCAACUCACCGGACCUAAACCCCAUUGAGAAUCUAUGGGGUAUUCUCAAGAGGAAAAUGAGGGGCACCAGACCCAACAACAAAGAAGAGCUGACAGCAAGCAUGAAGGAAAUCUGGGCUUCCAUAACUCCCAGGCAAUGCCACAGGCUGAUUGCUUCAAUGCCACGUCGUAUCGAGGCAGUGAUUAAGGCAAAGGGAUUCCCAACCAAGUAUUGAAGAUUGACAUAUCGUUUUGAAAGUACCAUAUUUUGAUUGAUUUGAUGUGAUCCUAAUUUCUUUCUUUUUUUUUUCCUGCAAAAACUGAGAAAUAAAAUGGUGAUUUCUUCACAGUAUUCUAAUUUUUUGGAUUCCUGUUUUCGUGAGUUUUAUGAGCUGAAAGCCCAAAUUCCGUAAAAAUAAACAAACACUUGAAAUCGUUUA